AGUGGCAUACGAGGAGGCCGUCCACAAAACAAGGGGGGCAAAAGGGAAAAAUGUGAUGGUGGAAGCUUGGCAGUUGCGCUAUAUUCCAACUUCCCGAGACCCCCACGGAGGCGGCUCCUCCUGGCCCUCCUACUCUCUCGCACACUCCGUUUCCUUCCUCCAAGCUUGUAUUUUUAGCUACCUCCAGCCAGCCAGAGACGUCGAGCUCUCCUCCCAGCUCUCGAUCGCCAUGGCCAAGAACACAUGCAAGCUGUGCGCCCGCCGCUUCGCCAGCCCGCGCGCCCUGUCCGGCCACAUGCGCUCCCACUCCCUGGCAACCGCCGCCGCCCGGUCGCAGCAGAUCUCGUCGGCCUCCUCCUCCGUCGCGGCCGGGGACGACGACAACGACGCCAAGAUGGCCGUCCAGGCGUACGUGCUCCGCGAGAAGCCCAAGCGCCGGGUCCGGCUCGGCGAGUCCGACGGCUUCUCAGAUCGCGAGAGCGACGCGGAGUACCCGCCGCCGCAAUCGCCGGGCGCCAAGAAGCGCAGGGCGCAUGCCGGAUCGGGCGACGCCGCCGAGCCGGUGAGCUCGGUGUCGGACGCCGCCACGCCCGAGGAGGACGUCGCGCGGUCCCUCAUGAUGCUCUCCCGCGACACCUGGCCCGUCGCCCCGGCGGCGCCCGCGGCGUGGCCGUACUACUACUACUCCGAUGACGACGGGAGCGACGGCGGCGGCGGAGACGCGCGCGCCGUGGCGCGCGCGGCGCCAACGAGGCGCACGGAGUUCCAGUGCCCGGCGUGCAAGAAGGUGUUCCGGUCGUACCAGGCCCUGGGCGGGCACCGCGCCAGCCACGUGCGCGGCGGCCGGGGAGGCUGCUGCGCGCCCCCGCUGAACCCGCCGCCUCGUGCUGUGCCGACCCACCUGCAACCAUUGCCGGAAUGCGAUGGCGGCGGCGGGGGAGAGGAGGGGUCGAGGGCGCCGCACGUGUGCCCCUACUGCUCCCGCGCGUUCCCGUCGGGCAAGGCCCUGGGCGGGCACAAGCGGUCCCAGCUCUGCUCGGCCGCCGCGGUGGCCGCCGCGUCGGGCGCCGACCCCGCGGCCGCGAUCGACCUCAUCGACCUGAACCUCCCGGUGCGCUGGGACGACGUGGUGGAGCUCUCCGCCGUGUCAGAUCCCUUCCUCUCGUCCAAGUCGCCAGGCUCGUGAAAGCAAGACGAGCAGAGCAAGCGAUCCGGCCGCCUUUAUUUUGCGCUCCUUUCGGUCGAGGAAUCGGGCGGGCCUUGGAUUAGCGAGAAAGAGGUAGCUGCCGAUCAGCCAAAAAGGUAAAGAAGUGGAUUAAGAACACAAGAGAAACGUCGUCUUUUGCUUGGGUAGUUUCUUUCUACAGAAGUUGUUGCGUCGAUGCUAUACAAAACAGCAGCUUGAUGUUCGUAGUUCAAGCUCGAUUCUCUGGUCUGUCUUUUUGUUUGUUUCAUGCUAUGGAACAUAGUAGCUGCUGCUCUUGUUUCUAUUGAUCUUGGGCUCUUGGUAGUGUAGCAAGCAAGGAAGGGGGAUAAAAAUCAUGGAAAAGCGGAAUUCAGCUAAACCGUUGCUUUC